GGUAAUGUUGGUAUGACAUUAUGACAAUUCCAGCAACAUGGCGUUCACGCUUUGGACACUCUUCGAAGCAACUCUGUUAUGCUUGAACGCGAUCUGCGUUCUGAACGAGGAAAGGUUUCUCGCCAAAGUUGGCUGGGCGUCGUGGCAAAAUGUUCAAGGAUUUGGAGAACCGCCGACGGCCAAAUCGCAAAUGUUGAACCUCAUCAAGUCCAUACGAACCGUGAUGAGGAUUCCUCUGAUAUUCUUCAAUAUCUUGACAUUGGUUGUAAAGCUCGUGCUGGGCUGAUAUAAGGAAAAGACUGUGUGUACGAAUGGGAUGCGGUAUGUGCCAGUUGAAGUGCUGAAAUUGAAAAUGAGAUGUGUAUACAAGGGGAUCUAUUAAAUUAUAAUAUUUUUACUUUUACAAGUAGUGUUUGUCCUACGUGUAAUUUAUGCCGUACGUCGGCAUGCGAGAAUGGAUUACAAGUGGAGCCUUUUGUAUAAAGCAAGCAAUAAUAUAUAAUAUAUAUGUAUAUA